UGGCUAUCCUGGAAAACCCGCCAUAUUGGUUUCUUUUCUGCAUACAUUUGUUAGCUUCAUGAAUAGAAAAUAGGGGUCGAAAUUUGGAAUUAAGGAGUGUGUAUAAUGUCCUAUCACACGUCCCUGGAACACAACUAUGGACAACAGUUAGCCAAGCCUCUGCACAUACAGCAGAUUGAGAGUGCCCUAUGCUUGGAACCAUUUCUUACUCAUGUGGAAAAAAUCAUUAACGAGCCACCAACUCAUAGUGACCCUUAUGACAGUACAGAUAGCGAAUAUGACCUCCUCCAGCCUUGUCUCCGUGAUGAUGAGGGGAACAAAAUUCUCAAUGGCAUUACCAUCACUAAGGCCGAGAGAAAGGCUGAUAAAACCAGACUGUAUAACUUUAGCCGUGUGAAAAAGGGAAGGAAAUGGCUGAAGAAUAUCUUGUUGAGUGAUAGUUCAUCAGAUGAAGAUGAAGAGAAAGAAAUCCGGCAGGAAGACCUUCAUGCCAUGCUCAAGAUCCACAAACACCAGCGGAAGCAUCAAAUGCAAUUCUAUCAAGAUAAUGAGCUUCAUCAGUUCCAGUACUACAGCACAGGUUUACUGUCCAAUUUUGACAAGUACAAUGAUCAUCAGAAAUCAUUCAUGGGGCCAAAGAGAAAAAUAUCCAAAGAUCAGAAAAAAAUGGAAAGAAAGCUAAAAGUGAAGUUGAAAAAGCUGAAAAAGGAGAAACGUUUAGGGAAUGGACAAGCAGAACUUGACUUGGACCCUGAGCUGAUAGAGGCAUUCUUGGCACACAAAAGGCAGGCUGCUUCUAAAUCAGCAAAAGUAAAAAAAUUAACUCCUGAACAGGCAGAUGCCAAGCGCAGGAGGUUAUGGAUCUCUAUUGCCAAAAAGGAAAUUCCCAAGGCACAAAAGCAAAAGGCUUCAGCUAGGAAAGAAAUGCUGCAGACAUUUAAAAAGAUCAGCCAGCAAUGUAUGCGAGAGUGUAGGAGAGCUGCGAUUCAGUCCCAGAAGACCAUGAAAGAAAUUCCAUCCCGUGCCAAACGUCUUUCGCGUGAAAUGCAGACCUACUGGAAACGAUUUGAAAAGGUGGAGAAGGAACAUAGGAAAAGAGCAGAAAAAGAGGCACAGGAACAGAGGAAGAUGGAUGUAGAACUCCGAGAGGCUAAGCGACAGCAGAGGAAGCUUAACUUCCUGAUCACACAGACAGAGCUGUAUGCUCAUUUCAUGGCAAGAAAGAUGACAGGAGAAGGGGAGAGUCACAAAGACAAGAUCUUGCGCCAGCUUGAUGAGUCUCGACCACAAAAAGACAUUGAGGUGGAUGGAGGUGUUCUGGUAGAUGUAGCAUCAGAUGAUUAUGAUAGUGACCGAAUGAAGAACCUUGCAUUGAGGAAUGCUGAGGAUGCCUACAAAGCCCACAAAGUAAAGAAUGCUUCGUUCAACAGUCGUGCUGCCAGUAAAUCUACAUAUGAUCCAUCGGAAUCAAGUUUUGCCAACCCAUCAAUUAGCACAGAUGUUGAUAGGCCACAGCCCAGUAUGUUUGAAGGAACUUUGAAAACUUACCAGCUUAAGGGAAUGAAUUGGCUGGCAAAUCUUUAUGAUCAAGGGAUAAAUGGUAUCCUGGCUGAUGAAAUGGGACUUGGAAAGACUGUGCAGAGUGUUGCAGUCCUUGCUCAUCUGGCCGAGGCACAGGGAACUUGGGGUCCAUUCCUGGUUGUAGCACCAGCGUCAACACUACACAACUGGCAGCAGGAGAUAGCACGAUUUGUUCCCAAGUUCAAGGUUGUGCCUUAUUGGGGUAAUGCCACAGACCGACGAGUCUUGAGGAAGUUCUGGGACUCCAAAUGUCUGCACACGAAGGAUGCCUCAUUUCAUGUAGUCAUCACUAGUUAUCAGCUUGUCAUUCAGGAUGUGAAGUACUUCCAACGCAUUAAGUGGCAGUAUAUGAUCCUGGAUGAGGCUCAAGCCCUCAAGAGCAGCAGCAGUGUGAGAUGGAAAAUACUUCUAGGAUUCAAUUGUCGCAACAGACUACUGUUGACAGGAACGCCAAUACAAAAUAGUAUGGCAGAGCUUUGGGCCUUGUUACACUUUAUCAUGCCUACCUUGUUUGAUUCCCACGAUGAGUUUAACGAAUGGUUCUCAAAAGACAUUGAAAGUCAUGUGGAAAAGCAGUCUGGAAUUGAUGAAAACCAAUUAUCCAGACUUCAUAUGAUCUUGAAACCUUUCAUGUUGCGUCGAGUUAAAAAGGAUGUUGAGAAUGAAUUGUCAGACAAGAUUGAAAUCUUGGUGUAUUGCCCCCUCACAUUGAGACAGCGAAUGUUGUACCGUGCCAUCAGGAACAAGAUAUCUAUUGACGAUUUGCUGUGUAGCUCCAGUGCCAAUUCCUCCCAGUCCCAGUCUACCACCAGUAGUCUCAUGAACAUUGUCAUGCAGUUUAGGAAAGUGUGUAACCAUUCAGAAUUGUUCGAGCGACGGGAGGUCAGGUCUCCUCUUUAUAUGACUGGACUUUCCUACCAAGUGCCAAAACUUGUAUACCGUGAAGGUAUCCAGUAUUAUGCUGUCAACUGUAGACAGAGACUGGUGUACAGUACAUUUUAUAUACACUCACCAGACAAUGUCCAUAGUUCACUGUCUUCAGGGUCCAGUGUUGAUAGCUGUUUCUCGUUCUCAAGGUUUAUAGAUUUGUCCCCACAGGAACUUCAUGCCUACAUGGCAGGGGGCAUCUUAGUUAGAUGGUUAGCACUUUUUCUAAUGCUGAAGAUGGAAUACCGGAUACACCACUCAGGAACCUGGCCCAGUAAAGUUCAGAAGUGUAGACGACACUGUUUGGACAGGACCAGUUUUUAUCUGGCUCCACAUCAGCCCCUGUCAUUUCCUAACCUGGUCAAGUCACGAUACCUACGCCAAUUUGUGUUCAUUACUGCAACUUCUCCAUUCUAUUCCUUCAUAACACAUGAGUACCACUGCAUGCAGGAGACACAGGGCCACCAAGCAAUCCGGUUACGCAAUCUCCGUGCUAGUCAUCUGGCAAAGAAAAAUCCUUUAAGUCCUCCUCACUCACCAACUAAAGCCCAUAAACAGUUGGAAGCAUUGGAACUACCUGUGCACAUCCACCAAUUCCGAGAGCCUGUGGUGUAUCCCUGUCAGCCGACAGAUAUCCCCAGCUGUCUCUAUUACACCAUGCCAAAGAUCCAAGUGAGUAGUCAUAAGUGGGAGACAUGUGAUAGAAGUGGGGCGUGGCAGUUCCUGAAGGACAGUCUAUGUGGUACACUAGAUGCACGCAAUAGUUUGCUGUAUGGUACACCAGAUAUUUACACUCAAGUCCGUUGGUGGAACCCUUGGAAUUUCACCUUAACCCAACCAGCAGGACUAUACGCUGUGCGACCGAAACAUGGCUGGUUUGGCAUCUAUGCUCCAGAUAAGGAAACACUGGUUGCUGAUGCUGGGAAGCUUUUUGUCUUGGACACGCUUCUACAGAGACUGAAGACAGAGGGUCACAGAGUUCUCAUUUACUCACAAAUGACCCGCAUGAUAGAUCUGCUUGAGGAAUAUAUGUGGCACCGAAAGCACACCUAUAUCAGACUGGAUGGAUCAUCCAAGAUCUCGGAGCGACGAGACAUGGUGGCAGACUUCCAGAACAGAACAGACAUCUUUGUGUUCUUACUAAGUACUCGAGCUGGUGGUCUGGGAAUCAAUCUCACUGCUGCUGACACUGUGAUAUUCUAUGACAGUGACUGGAAUCCUACUGUAGACCAGCAGGCUAUGGACCGAGCCCACAGACUAGGACAGACCAAACAAGUCACUGUCUACCGCUUGGUGUGUAAAGGCACCAUAGAGGAACGUAUACUGCAGCGGGCCAAGGAAAAGAGUGAGAUCCAGAGAAUGGUUAUCAGUGGGGGCAACUUCCGUCCAGAUGUGCUCAAACCCAAGGAAGUUGUAUCUCUUCUUAUUGAUGAUGAAGAGAUGGAAUCGAAAUUGUUGUCAAGGCAAGAUGAGAAGAAAAUGAAGGAAGAUGUACACAAGGAGAAAGAUAAGAAGAGGAAACGAGAAUCCUAUGGACGGAAACGUGAAAUGAAGAAAUCAAAGGCAGAGGAGGUGAAUUUCACAAUAGCGGCAGGUGAUACAGAAUCUGUGGCCAGUCUGGACUCCACUUCUGUACCUGCCAGCCCACAGAGUGUUGUGUCCUAUGGGAGUGAGGUCAUGCAUCAGUCUAGUCUAUAUGGGGCAGAUGACAGUAGCAAUGACGGUCUUGUCAUUGUGGACGACGCCCAUUCAACUUACCAAGGUAAUAUAACUCCAUCAACCAAGCGAGGGAAAAGAGGUAGGCCAAAGGGUUCUGUAUCAAGCACUGGUCGGCGACCACGUGGGAGGGGCAGUGUGAGAAAGGCCCUGAGUGCAGCCGAGAUUGCUGGAGCACAGGCAGGCAUGACUGCAGCCUAUGCAGCAUAUGGCUAUAACUUCACAGGUGCAUCACCCUCCCCCUCUCGUGGUGCAGGCCCCCCAGGGGCUCACCUGUCAACAGACUCGCCCAAGUCAGGUUCACCUGUGCCAGUACCACCACACUCCAAACCUCCCAGCUGAUAUUAACCUUACUAGGGUUUACUGCACAAUGGUAUUUGCUCAAAUCUCAAACUUUGAUAUGUGGUAUGGAAUUUUAAAACUUCCGUUAAUGGAAUGGAGACAAUCUGACCACAGUUUAAUCAUGAAGUGGGAACAGACUUGUUAAUAGCCAUAACAAACCAUGAUUGAGUAUGGAGCUGAACCUUGGGACGUCUUAGAGGCGACUGAAUUGUUGGAACUCGCCUAAAAUGAGAAUUUACCCUGACAGUUUGUCAUAACUGUUAGGAUAUAAGUCCACGGAUUGACAUCAGGUCUAUUAGAGAUUGUACCUUGAUCUUAAUAACUACUUCUACUACUUCAUUUGCUUUACAAUAAUAUCAGAACAAGUUUUAUGAUCUUAUAUUAAUUACUCUUGUUAGCCGGGAUGAAGCAUGCAUGGGGUCUGACACUUUUGGUUCUUGAGGUGUCUGAACAACACUGAAGACAUUGUUCUAGGUUGUUCGGAAACAAUGUUCUUGGCACCCAAACAAUGAGAAUAAAUAGAACAUGUUCCAACAUCCAAGUCCCACACUACCUCUAGCAAGAACAUAUUGAACAGAGAUGGAGGCAUAAUAUUGAAGUAGAUAUAGUAAUGGUCAACUGUUUUGACUUCUUUUGUGCUCGGUUGACAAGAGAAAGGAAGAUAGCCGAUUCGGUCAUUACUUUUUCUUUUUGUGUAUGUGUGUAUAGUAUAUUUGCUAAGAAAUCACCAUCAUACGUGAAUUUUGGUCUUAAAGAGAAUUUGUUUAAUGACAAUGACAACACAAAUAUUACCGACCAGAAAUAUCUUCAAAUAGACAUGUACGAGAAUGUGUUAUCACUUUCCAGUCAUUUUUUUGGACCAAAUGUUUGUGUUCUUGGUGAUAUGGUGAAACCUAUUUUGUUGAGUUGAGAAGGGAAUGUAGUUGCAAGUAAAUAAACAGAAAGCAUUAAUACAAGGAUGAGGAAAAAUUGCACAAUGUAAUGACCAUUCAAUUUUUAACAAUUAAAAUACUGUCAUCCAUGGAUGAAAUGUUGAAUAUGCAGAAGUGAUUUUAUUUACACCUGUGCUUAUUUUACCUGCCUAUACCAUGUAAGUAUUAAGUUAUUGAGAGUCUAUAUAUUAGCAAUAUAAUGCUACAAGUUAAUACUUUGUAUCUGUCAGAGCAGCCAGUACUUGCUGGCUACCAGGAGACUACCUAUAAAAGCUAUUGGUUUUUAAAUGUUUCAUAUUACUAAGAAUGUGCUUAUGUUUUCAGUGCUAAUUUUUUUGAAUUACGAUAUCAGACUUGUGUCUUUCUAUUAAACAAACAUGUAGAUAAGUUUAUAUUUAACAAUACUUGUGUUCAUGAAAUCAGGAUAUUGAGUUUUUACAUGUUUUUAUUGGGAAUGAUAUGUAGUUGGAAACUGUUGUUUUUGUUAAGGCAUCAGUGUAAAGUUAAGAGCUGAAAAGUAUUGCUAAUUGCUUGGGGUUUUUUUUGUAUUAUAUGUACAAAUAUUCAGAAAUCAUGAAAGAUUUUGAUUUGUGAUAAUAUUCCAUUUAUAUUUUCAUGCAUUGAGCUUCACAUUUUGUUCUUCGAAAUGAAAGAUUUACCAACUAAAUUGAAAGAAAAUGUGUUGCAAAGAAAUUGUGUGAAAGAAACUUUGUGAUAUGGGGAGCUCCUUGAAAAUAAUUAUGUGCAAAGUAUACCAUUUCAAAUGCCACUUUUAUGCCAUUUUAGCUAUAUGGGUGUAUUACAGGAUUUCCAGGAUAAGUAAAAGUCCAUCACAUAAUACACUAGUUGACAGAAUUCUUUAAUUUCUUGUGAUGUACAUUACUGUGCUUGUUGUCAAAAAUUCAUCUAAACUCUGAAAGAUGGAGUAAAAUUUCUUGAUUGAACUUUAUACAAACAACUCUGCUUUGAAGUACCUUUGUUAUUCUUGUUCUACUAAGUUGGACAAAGUUCAAAUUAUAUUCACAAAUGUAGAGAUAUUACGCCUAAAGGUGCAAAUUCCAUUUAUCAACUACAGCUCCAGAAUUUUGUACGGAAGUAAAUCUGCCUGGCAGAGCUACUUUUUCAUACUGAAGAUAUGGGGUCUCUUUCCCCAAUAUAUGAAGUAAGGUCACAUCAUCAGAGUUAUGCUCCUUUGCAUGCUUUCAUUUUGAUAAUGCAGAUUUAUGCAGGCAGUAAUUGAGUGUGUGUUUCAACAAGUAUAGAAAUGAAACCAUUUCAUUGAAAAAACUUGCAGGUUUCAUUCUCCAGUUUGAAAACUGGGCUAGGAUUGAUAUUCCAAAUAUUGACUUUAUCUCAAGUUUAAAAUGGUAAAAUAUAUAUAUAUAAAUAUGAAAGUCACAGAUUGAACAAUUAGCCUUUAUUCAUUUCCACCUCAUGGAUGUUAUAUAUAAAUGUAUUUGUUUAACUUCUUGUAUAAAGAUGAAGUUAAUACAGAUGUGAUUUUGUAUACAGGGGUGUUGCACACGUGUUACACCUACACAGUGUUUUCAGACUGUAAGGGAAGUGUCUGGUGUCCCUGUCUAAUGGUGUGUGCUGUGUCAGAAGUAACAUGAUGAGCUUUAGAUUUCUUUGUGAUAAACUUUCAAAUAAAUUUGUAUUCUAAAUCAA